UUUGGCGCUUGCAGAAGUUCAGCGCUCGUUCAGUGCCUGGAGGGAGCUGCCGGACUCGGGGCAGUUUCCUAGCUCUUUCCCGCUCAAGCCACCGUGCAAGAUGAGCGCAGCUGUGGAGGAAGCUGUCUUGCCGUCUAUCUCCACCUUUGCCGGAUUGGUGCCGCUGGAAGACCGGCAGCCCGACAUGGUACAGCAGCAGAGGAUCCCCACCCACGUGGAGGGCGCCGCGACCAUCAAGAGGGAAGCGGACGAGCUGGGCAACUUCGUCGACCUGGAGUUCAUCCUGGCGCACACCACGAACGGGCAGCCCACCGGGGUGGUGGCGCCCCCGCACCCCAACCCCAAUUACCCGUUGCCCGAGACUCCCGAGAGCUGCGGCUCCACCUACGACAGCGACAGCUCCAACUACCAGCAGCCCUCCAACAAGUUCGCCGCGUCCUACAUGCCCAGCCCCGGCCACAGCUAUAUGGCCGAGCUCUUCACGCAGGAUAUGCAACAGCACCCGACAGCAGGGCCGGGUCCUUGCGAGCUGCAGCGGCGGGAAUACACGGAGCUGCGCGCCCCUGGCUUGGCCCACGCUCACCCAGGCUUAGCUCGGGGCAUAUCCAUGGAGCACCUGCGCGUCAAGCAGGAGCCGAUGGACGGGCAGUCGUGCAUGAUGAGCGGCAGCCCGGAUUGCCUGGGGCCCGCUCCUCUGGACCACAAGCCCCUCCUGAUGCAGGCCAUGAUGCAGCAGCACCAGCAGCCGCCCCUCCAGCAGCACGCGCCCUCCGGCUUCCCCAACGAGCAGAUGAGCCCCGCGGCCCAGUGCCAGGUGGCCGGCGACAUGCAUGCGCAGAUGGGAGCCCCCCAGCAUUACCCCCGGGGAGCCCACCUCUUUCCGCCCAACUUCGCAGGGCAGAUGCAGCCCCAGUUCCGUGGACACUUCAGCGUCUUCCGGGAGUCCUUGAACGCGCACGCCCAGGGCCUGCACGGGCUGCUGGUCACGCCGCCCAAUUCGCCCGUCUUGGAUUACUAUGCUCCGAUGGGGCCCCCGGAGGAAUGCAAGCCGAAGAGGGGCCGCAGGUCCUGGGCGCGCAAGCGCACGGCCACCCACAAUUGCGAGUUCGCCGGCUGCGGCAAGACCUACACGAAGAGCUCACAUCUCAAGGCACACAUGCGGACCCACACGGGUGAGAAGCCUUAUCACUGUAACUGGGAAGGCUGCGGCUGGAAAUUUGCACGGUCAGAUGAACUAACACGCCAUUACCGCAAACACACUGGUGUCCGGCCCUUCCAGUGCCACCUAUGUGACCGUGCCUUCUCCCGAUCAGAUCACCUGGCCCUGCACAUGAAGAGGCAUGUGUGAAGCAUGGCCUGCUCCCUGGGGCACCUGGGUGGGAUGUGGUAGGGAUGAAGAAGAGGGGGAUGGGACACGACAACGGGGCAGGGAUGCAAAGAGACUCUGAACUCUAUUUAUGAAGGGAUGGAAUAUUUUCUUAUUGGAAGAGGUAAAUUAUGUAUAUAUUAGUAAAACAUUUUAAUAUUUAAAGAGGAAACCCAGUUGGUUCUUCCAUGGCAAUAUGGAAAAUGUUUGUGUAUUUAAGAGUGAAUAGUUACACAGAUCUAACUGCAGCAGAGUAUAUGACAAAUUGCACUGGAAAUAUUUGUGUGUGGGCACUAUAAUUGUGGCAGCAUAUCUCUGUCAUUCCCAUUCCAAAUCUUCAGUGUGCCCACAGCCAUAGUACAAAGACUAUGUCAAUUGCCUCAAGCGAGUUUAACUUUUUAAUGUUUUGCUCUGUACAAUGGUCUUUAUUUUUUAUCUUGUAAUGUAAAAUGCUUGCUGUUGUCUAACUACCUUUUUAUAGUACGUAUCCUUGAGGGAGAGAGGGACAAAUUUAAACUUGCUGGCUCCUUUUGUUCAAAGGGAUGGUGCCAAAAGGGCCAGAUCCAAAAAGGUUGGCUAGAACUAAGUUACCCCAGUGAAUUAAAACAUCUGCAUCUCAUACCAAAUUUUUUAAAUCAAAGAUAGAUAUGGUGUGUGUGUGUGUGUUACCGCAUGUUUUGCCAAUGUAUAUAAUGACCAGGGAAGGGACUAGGGGGAAGUCAACUUAUUUCUUUUUUUCUAAAAUGGUCACUUCUGGAACAGGCUGUAAAACCAAAAUAUAAACCCUGAACAAAAGGCAAAACUUAUUCUGGAAGAUUGCAUGAGCAAGGACCAAUGUAGUGCAGGACAAUCCUUCUGAUACUUAACUUAGAAGCAAGUCUCAUUUGAGUUUAAGGGGACUAACAGCACAAUCCAAACAUUAAAAAAAAGCCCCAUUGAGUUUAGCAAGUGUUCUAAGGUGGCCAAGCUGAAAAUGAGGACAAGACUCCAGCAUCUUUAAUUAGUUGUAUGCUUUAAUAGUUGUAAGUUGUCACACAGGCUUAAAUCUUCUACACAACUUUUAUUAAGCAGAGGAAUCCUGUCUUUUUUCCAGCCAGUAACCCCAAAGUAUGCCUAGAGUUGCAAUGUUAAUUUGCCCCCCUCUUGUCCUGCUCAGGGAUGCUGCUAAAAUGCCUUAACAUUCAAAGACACUUUUCCCUGCAAAAUUGAGAUGUUGCAUAUUUAUAGGCGAAACCUUGAAAAAAAAUUGCCGUAUAAAUGUGUACUACUUUGGUGCUGUCAACCAGCUAAAUUUCUUGGGGAUGUGAUCUUUGCUUUCAAGGGAACAAGUCACACUGAAUGCAGUGGGAGCCACUUUUAAAUAAGUUUAUAUAGAAUUGUGCUUUGGGCUGACUAACUGUACAAUCCUAUAUGUUUACUGAAAAACAAAUCCCACUUUUUUUUCAGCAGGGCUUACUCCCAGAUAAGUGUGCAUAGUAUUGCAACCAAACUGUUUUAGCUUUAAACUGACAAGAUGUCCAUACAUCUGCUUAGUUGCAAUACCUCAAGGUGCUUUGUGAGAAUGUAACAUGAUUUUCAACCUCUUGUCUUCGUAAAUGGGAAAGAAAGCCAUCUUUGCUUGCUUCUUAAACAAAUGUGUAAGGCAAGGAAUGCUCCAAGACUCUUGUAUAUUUAUGAAUUUAACUAGUGACAUUUUUGUAAAAGUACAACUGAAAACUAUGGUCUUGUUCUUGCAAUCAUUUGUCCUGAACUGCCUAUUCCUUUGCUCAAAGCAAUGAUGCUGCUUGGAUCAUGAAAGCAAUCUCUUCUACAAGGCUAGUGAUUUGGUUGAUUAACUGAUAACCUUCUAAAAUCUGUUUUGGUGUCUCCUCCCAAAGGAUGAUCAUGAAGCCAGGUACUGUUGCAGCUGCAAUCCCACUCCUACAACUGCCAUGGCAGCUUUUUUACUUUCGUUUUUUGUAAAGGGCAAUUUUGUCCAUUUCUGCUAUACUUGAAACUUUCUUUCUGAAGAGAAAAGGACCCUCUCAAUAUGUAGCUCCUGCAAACAAGUUGUAAUUCUUUUUAAAAAUGCUGUAAAUGGAUUGUUUUUGUUGUUUUUUUAUAGGCGGGGUAAAUGACCUCAGCCCUGGUAUGUGCACUGCACCUGUCUGUAUUAUAUUGUUAAUUUUGUGUGUGUGUUUGGCUUGGGCCCAUCAAGCAAUCUACCGUGCAAAAUGUUAGUUUUCUCUAUAUGCAUACCUUUUAAAGAUUAUUGAUCUGAUGCAGACAAAUAAUAAAAAAUCUGAACUAAAGUAGUUUAUUUCUAACUUAACUGCAAAAAAGUGGCCAGGACAGCACCUGAGAUGGUGAGGUAGACAUCUAUUAAAAUAGGAAACUGGUCUUUGUUUCACAAGUUAGGUUUAAAAACAAGAGUGGGGGACCUGUGGCGGGACCUCCAGAAGUGGUUGCACUGCAACUCUUGUCAUUCCCAAUCCCUUCUGGCUGAUAGGAGUUGGGAAUUCAGUAACACUUGGACUAACGAAACCUGCAGAUGUGCCAGUUUGUUUCCUCCCCAUUUUGCUUGGGUGGCUAACACAGAUGGAAAUUCAGGUAUGAAGUGGCCAGGUGCAAAGAGGGAUAGGGUUCCUAUGCCAUUAAUAGUUGUGUGGAAGUAAGUGGUGUUUAUGUACCUGCUAAAAUCCCCGCUUUUACACACUUGUUAAAGGUGCAAGCAGGAGUCCCAUCAUUGUUUGCAGCUGGCCACCCUACUCAGGAACCAGGAUUGUGUUUGCAGCUGUAUUAAAAGGAAGCAAGGACUUCUGAGUCUCUGUGAUGCCAGGUGGCUAGAGGACAGGUUCCUCCACAAAUUCUAUCAAGGCUGGGCAUGGCCCAUCCCUCUGGCUCAGCUGAGCUCCCCCACUGGAUCUACAGGUAGUUUCACUCCUUGCUAGGCACGAAGGCUUCCUCUUUAAAUUAAUAAGGGUGACUAAGUUCUGGCAGGUCCCAAGCCCAACAAGCAGGUCUUUCUCCCUCCCUCCCACAGGCACUCAUACUCAUUUUAAGGGCUGGGCUUGUGCAAACUUGAUGUGGAGCUAUUAGCACAGGUAAAAUGACUGUCCCAAACAAGAUGGGUUUCAUGAGCUGUGGCUGGAACUGGAGGCUACAUCUGAACAGAGGAAUUUGUAGGGAUGAUGGACUGUGGCCAUCCACUCAGUCAUGCUGGUGGAGGGAGCUUUUCUGUUGUAGAUUACUUAGCUAGGUGCAGAAUGGGAGGGUGUACAUAGUGAUCUGUCCUGAGAACUUUGCAGACUUGUAAGGGGUUUCAAAUGAAGUAAGGGCAGCUAUCCUGUGGGGGGUAUUCUAGGGUAGCUGGUUGGUAGAGAGAUCUGAAGAAAGCAUGCAGUUGUGUGCAUCUUACCAGAAAGGAUAACUUUUACUCCUUUGCUCUAACAGAGGGAGCUAGAUUCUGCUCAUGCUGACUGUGUAAAUCUUAUUUCGCCCUGCUGGAAGCAUUUGAACUAGUUGUGACUCACUAAAUCUAGUGCUGACAUGAUUUUGGAUUUGGUUAAUCGCUAGCACAUAACCUGAUUUCAAACUAGCUAGUUUGGUAUGCAGAUUGCUGGUUUUAUACUUGUGUGUUGUUAAACUAAUUUGGUCCCUUGUGUGAAGCUUGGCAGCCUCUGCUUGAAUUUUGAAAUAAAAACUGGCAAAAAAGACAGUCACGGAAUAUAUAAUAAAAACAAAAAUUAGAACCCAGCCGUGACAAAUCCCUGAAACGAGAUGUAAUUAAGUGGAAAAUACUGAACUUAAACCAAACACCACUCAAAGAAUAUAAUGGGUAUAAACCUCUCAAAAGACUCAAAAGUUCAUAAUAGCUUUUCCUAGCUUCUAUUUAGUUAUCAGAAAUUAAACAUAAACACAAAUGAGCAGUCAGGGAUAAUUUCCCCAAGAUAAAGUUAACGUUACUUAAUCAGAAGGUUAGCUAACCUAAAAGCUUUAAAUUACUGAGUAUCAUUGUUCCUGAAAAAAUUAAAUGCAAAGCUGCAAAAGCUCCCCCAGUAAAGCUGUUACUACAACAUUGUUCAGACUGCUAAUGAGUGUUCCUGGUUCCUGGUUUAUAUACCGGUACUAAAUAGAGCUCCUUUACUUAAAGGGCUAGGACCAUUUUUUAUCCCAAGGCGUGUCCAAAGACACUUUAACUGUAACAAACUUACUUCAUAUUGGU